AUGGCCCGUGGAAACUCAGCCCAGACGCAAGUCUUCUACAAGGGCAGCACAGACGUUACCUUUACCAUCUUUGUUGAAAGCGAAGAGUUGGUCACCGAAUGGAAGAAUGACCCAAGUAUCCCACUAAGCCAGGUUGUUGCGGGAUGGACUAUCCUAGUGCCUGAGCACGACAAACGGGGCAUCCUAAAGACUGCGAGUAACAUGCAAUUAGAAGAAGAGUUUGGCACUUCGAACGAGGAUGAGAUCGUUAAGAAGGUUCUCCAGCAGGGCUCAAUACAGACGCGUUCGGACACCGAACGCAUUGGCGUGACGAAUGAGUCCCAGGGACCCAGGACCGCUCAUUAA